AUGAAAGUCCUGAAAUUCGUCGUCACUUCCAUGGUCAUUGGCCUUGCUGGAGCCGAAACCAUCCGUGGGUCUACAGCAGAGUUUGAAAGGAUGCUGCAGGAGGACUCGAGCGCUCAAUGUUCGUCGAACCCCGUUUGCCUCGCUAUGGGCGUGGAAGGGGCGUGCUGCCCCACCGCAGACGGCGUUUUCUUGGACUGCUGCAACCGUUCUUGCAGUGCUCACAGCGCUUGCAACACCUUGGCCGACAACUGCUGCCCCACAAAUGACAACGUCGAGUUAGAUUGCUGUGACCACCAGGAAAAAUUGGAAGAGUUCCGCAGCUAUCGGAACAAUGCGGCUCGAGCUUGCUCUGCCCAUACAAGCUGCAGGCAGUUAGCCGGGGAUUGCUGCCCUACCGUCGACAAUGUCUACUUGGAUUGCUGCGGAAAUUAG